GCUUCUUCGCCAAGAACCCCGCGUUGGAGACGGUGAUGUACUUCGGGCUCUGGUACUUCCUCAACGUCCAGUUCAACAUCAUCAACAAGCAAAUCUACAACUACUUUCCCUUUCCCUGGUUCGUCUCUGCCAUUCACCUCGCCGUCGGCUUGCUCAUCAUGACGUUCUUCUGGACCACCCGUCUGGUCAAGUUCGAGAAGCCCGACUCCGAGUUUCUCAAGGCGGUCACCCUCCCGUCCUUCCUCCACGCCUUUGGCCACUGCCUGACCAACGUGUCAUUCGCCGCCGUCGCCGUGUCCUUCACGCACACCAUCAAGACGCUCGAACCAGUGUUCUCAGCUAUCGGCUCGUACCUCGUCACGGGGACCGUGUACGCGUGGCCCGUGUACAUGGCGCUCGUGCCCAUCAUGGGAGGCGUCGCGCUGGCGUCCGCCACGGAGCUGUCCUUCACGUGGCUGGGUUUCAGCACCGCGAUGGCGUCAAACGUGGCGUUUUCCGCGAGGGCCAUCUUCAGCAAGAAGCUCAUGGCGAAGAUGAGCCCGCUGAACCUGUACAACUUCGUGACGAUCGUGUCGCUGCUGUUCUGCAUCCCGUUCGUGAUCGCGUUCGAGGGAUCGACGCUCGCCGCGGGCAUCGCCAAGGCUGUGGAGCUCAAGGGGCAGAAGGAGUUUGUCCUGGCGCUGCUCAAGGUUGGCGCGUUUUAUCACCUCUACAACCAGGUGGCGUACCAGGCUCUCGGCAAGGUGGAGCCCGUGACGCACGCGGUGGGCAACGUCGGUAAGCGCAUCUUCGUCAUCGGGUUCACCAUCCUCGCGUUCGGCAACAAGAUCUCGACCCAGACCGCGAUCGGCUCUGCCAUCGCGGUGGUCGGCGCGGGUCUCUACGGUUGGCUCAAGGCGAAGUACGCCGCAGACACCAAGACGGUCAAGAAGGCUUAAACUCGAGGGUUAAGUACCGGGUUAAGUCUUAGCGAGCGAGCGAGGGAGCGACGGGCGCGUCGGACGUGCCGAGUAGCUUCCAUCGAGUCGAGUCAAGGCGUGUCGGGUUUUGGGUCGGAGGACGCCGGGGGGGGGCGGGGAACGCCGGAGAGGCGUCGCAAAGCCGACUGGGGUUUAUGUUUUUUUUCAGAGGAGGUCGACGAGUUGCCGCCCGGCGGCGACGAAUGGUUUUGACGCGUUCGUCGCGCGGGCACCUGUAGAAAAAUGCGGGGAUCACGAAGCGUGUCGUCGUUGCGGUCUGUUGUCCUAGCGCCGCUCACGUCGGCACGCACCUCGCGGCGCGCGCAAGCAAGCCCAAGGAAAACGUUCUACUUUUAGAUGCAUCGUUUUUCAAUACAAUCAAGAAUCUUCGCGGUUU